GUGACUCUGGAAAACCUGACUUCUACAGUACUCUGCAAUUAUUCUGAAGUUCCAUCUGGCUUAAUGAAGGACAAAGCUGUUGUAGUGAUGAGAGGAAACUGCACUUUUUUGGAGAAAGCAAGAAUUGCACAAAGUUCAGGUGCUAAAAUGCUGUUGAUUGCCAGUAAACCUAGGCUGUCUCCUCUUUCAGAUAACAAGACUGAUUUUGAAGAUGUGACUCUUCCAGUUGCUCUGAUAAGAUAUAAUGACAUAGUAGAUAUGCAGCUGAUGCUUGGAAGUGAAAUUGAUGUGACCCUGUAUUCACCACCUUUGCCAGAGUUUGAUAGCAGUAUGGUUAUCAUCUUCCUAAUUGCUGUGUUUACAGUGGCACUAGGAGGCUACUGGAGCGGAGUAGCAGAACUUGAGAAUCUGAAGGCAAUAGCAAGUCCUGGGGAGAGAGAAACAAGACGGAAAAAGGAAGAAAAUGUUACUUUCACCCCUGUGACAGUUAUCUUGUUUGUUGUCAUCUGUUGUGUCAUGCUGGUCUUACUUUAUUUCUUCUACAAAUGGUUAGUGUAUGUUAUAAUAUCAGUCUUCUGCUUGGCAUCAGCAAUGAGUCUAUACAACUGUCUUGCGGCAUUAGUAGGAGAAAUACCAUUUGGGCAGUGCAGGAUUGUAUGUGGCAACAAAAACAUUGAAGUGAGGCUUAUUUUUCUUGCUGCAUUCUGCAUAGCAGCAGCUGUCAUCUGGGCAGUGUUUCGAAAUGAAGAUAGGUGGGCUUGGAUUUUGCAAGAUAUUCUGGGAGUUGCUUUCUGCCUAAAUUUUAUUAAAACACUGAAAAUGCCCAACUUUAAGUCCUGUGUGAUACUUCUAGGCCUUCUCCUUCUAUACGAUGUGUUUUUUGUCUUCAUAACACCAUUUAUCACAAAGAACGGGGCGAGUAUAAUGGUUGAAGUUGCAGCUGGUCCUUUUGGAAACAGUGAAAAGAAUGAUGGAAACUUGGUGGAAGUCCCUACUGAACGCUCAGCUCCCCAUGAGAAAUUACCUGUGGUUAUUAGAGUGCCUAGAAUUGAAUACUCUGCAGCGACACUGUGUGACAUGCCAUUUUCAUUGUUGGGUUUUGGAGACAUUAUUGUCCCAGGGCUUCUGGUUGCCUAUUGCCGAAGAUUCGAUGUUCAAACAAGUUCAUCUUCAAUAUACUACAUUUCCUGUACAAUAGCUUAUGCCAUUGGUAUGGUGCUGACUUUCAUUGUUUUGGCAUUAAUGAAGAUGGGACAACCUGCCCUUCUCUAUCUUGUACCAUGUACACUCAUUACUAGCUCGCUUGUUGCUUGGAGGCGCAAAGAGAUGAAGAAGUUUUGGAAAGGAAGCAAUUACCAGGUAUCGGACUCCUCCAGGACGCCUUUGCUACAAGAUGAUGGAACACCUGGACUAUACAGGAAAUGAAGAAAGCACAGCACCAGCCAGUGAACAGCGUGCAAGACAAUAACAUGUAGGAUCCUGAUUUAAAGUAGUACUCAAAUUUUCUACAAGUUAAUUACAGUAAAUUUGGUGAAAUUUUACAAUAGAGUAUUUCCUAUUCUGUGUCAAAGGGUUUUUUACUCCCGUACCUAUAUUUUUAUGGAAAAUAUUGUUGAUAACAUAAAAGUAAUCAAAAUAGACUUGCAUUUUUACAGGCAAACCAUAGCUAGUAAAACCGUGCCUUAUUUUGAUUUAAAUAAAAGGAUAUUUUCUAUGCAA